CAUCAACUGAAGCUCUUUUUUUGGCAACUUCCUCACAUUAUUAUUUAUGUGCUGCUUACACAAUCCUUUCUAGAUCUAUAACACAGAUACAUUCUUGAUUUGUUCAUUCUUUCUAUUUUUAGAAGUAUACUUAGCUCAUCCCCACUCAAACCUGGUAUAAGGGUUUUGAGUGUUCAUUCUUUAAGCAUUGCUGCAAUGGGGAAAGUUGCUCUGCUUCAUCUGCUUUGUGGAGUCUUGGUCUUUUGGAGUGUCUCUGUUGUAAAAGCAGAGGAUGCUUAUAAAUAUUUCACAUGGACUGUUUCUUAUGGAACUGCUUCUCCUCUUGGUGUUCGUCAGCAGGUGAUCCUCAUUAAUGGUCAAUUUCCUGGUCCAAGACUCGAUCUUGUCACAAAUGACAAUGUAAUCCUCAAUCUGAUUAAUAAGUUGGAUGAACCUCUUCUCUUGACAUGGAAUGGGAUCAAACAAAGGAAGAACUCUUGGCAAGAUGGAGUUUUGGGAACUAACUGUCCCAUUCCUCCAAAUUCAAAUUACACUUACAAGUUCCAAACGAAAGACCAGAUUGGAAGCUAUACAUACUUCCCUUCAACUCAAUUGCACAGAGCUGUUGGAGGUUUCGGUGCACUUAAUGUGUAUGCAAGAUCCGUAAUCCCAGUUCCAUAUGCUAAACCUGCUGGAGAUUUCAGUUUACUUAUUGGUGAUUGGUACAAGAGCAGCCAUAAGGUAUUGAGGCAAUUAUUGGACUCAGGGAAGUCUCUUCCAUACCCAAAUGGUCUCCUCAUAAAUGGACAAAAGCAGUCUACCUUUGCUGGUGAUCAAGGAAAAACAUAUAUGUUCAGGAUUUCAAAUGUAGGUUUGAAAAAUUCCAUUAACUUCAGAAUUCAGGGCCACAAGAUGAGGGUUGUCGAGGUUGAAGGAUCCCACGUCUUGCAGAACAUCUAUGAUUCUAUUGAUGUCCAUGUUGGUCAAUCUUUGUCUGUCCUUGUUACAUUGGACCAACCUCCAAAGGACUACUACAUUGUUGCGUCUACUAGGUUCUCCAGGAUAGCUCUUACUGCCACUUCAGUUCUCCACUACACUAACUCUCGGACGCCUGUCUCUGGACCUGUGCCACCUGCUCCAACCGGCCAAAUGCAUUGGUCUAUGUUGCAAGCCCGAACAUUCAGGUGGAAUCUGACAGCAAAUGCAGCUAGGCCAAAUCCUCAGGGUACUUUCCAUUAUGGAAAAAUUACAAUAUCAAGGACUUUUGUGAUGGCUAAUUCAGCACCUAUUAUCAACGGAAAGUUGAGAUAUGCUGUCAAUAGUGUCUCUUAUGUUAAUCCUGAUACUCCACUAAAGCUUGCUGAUCACUUCAACAUCCCUGGAGUAUUCAGCUUGAACUCCAUUCAAGCUUUUCCCUCUGGCGGAUCACCUUACUUAGCCACAGCUGUUUUUCCAGCUUCUCACCAUGAUUUCAUCGAAAUUGUUUUCCAAAACAAUGAAGCCACCAUGCAGUCCUGGCAUCUUGAUGGCUAUGAUUUCUGGGUUGCAGGUUUCGGAGCUGGCACAUGGACACAAGCAAGUAGAAAUAAGUACAAUCUUGUUGAUGCUCUGACUAGACAUACUACACAGGUAUAUCCAAAAUCUUGGACUGCUAUAUUGGUGUCAAUGGACAACCAAGGAAUGUGGAAUUUGAGGUCAGCUAUGUGGGAUAAACAAUAUCUUGGGCAGCAGGUGUACCUGAGGGUGUACAACCCAACCCAAAGUCUAGCUAAUGAAUAUGACAUACCUACUAAUGCUCUUCUUUGUGGCAAAGCUGCUGGUCGACAUCCUUAAUUGGGAUGAGUCCUAUAUAUAUCGGCUUUUGUUUUACUGGUCAUGAGAGGUUGACUAGGAGAGAUUGCGGCAAAAGAUAAUACUUGGCUGCUUAUGUUGUAAUCACAUUACUUUGUAUUCUUUCUUAUGGUUGUUGGCUACACUAGUUUUUGAAAUGCAGCUAAUACGAAGUUCAUUGCUACAUAAA